AAAGCCUAGUAGGGCAAUUUAAACAGCUGUAUAUUAAUAGAAGCGGCCGGGUCAGUGGAGACUGGAGGUCUGGACAGGAGGACAGGACAGGGAGAGAACCACAGAGAAGGAAUUACCGUAUUUUGUUAAAAAAUGGAAGUCCUCGCGGCCCUGAAUCUGGGCGAUUUUGCUCAAUAUUUUUCAAAAAUGUCAAUGUUCCCCCUGUUUGACCUGGCAUAUUACAUCGUAUCCAUCCUGUACCUGAAAUACGAACCAGGUGCGGUGGAGGUAUCUCGUCGCAGCCCCGUCGCCUCUUGGUUCAGUGCCAUGCUUUACUGCUUUGCAAGUUACGUCCUUGCUGAUGUUCUGCUGGGAAAUUCUCCCAUCGACUACUUCAACAACAACUCCCAUGUGCUGCUGGCCUCUGCUGUGUGGUACCUCAUCUUCUUCUGCCCUCUGAACCUGUUCUACAAGUGUGUGGCCUUCCUGCCCGUCAAGCUGAUCCUGGUGGCCAUGAAGGAAGUGGUGCGCGUGCGCAAGAUAGCCGCCGGAAUCCACCACGCCCACCACGCCUACCACAAUGGCUGGGUCAUCAUGGUACUCACAGGAUGGGUCAAAGGUUCUGGGGUGGCUCUGAUUGCUAACUUUGAGCAGCUCUUACGAGGGGUCUGGAAACCAGAUACCAAUGAGGUUAUGAACAUGUCAUUCCCCACGAAGGCCAGCCUGUACGGUGCCAUUAUGUUCACUCUGCAGCAGACCCAUUGGCUGCCUGUCUCCAAGAACACUCUCAUCCUCCUCUUCACUGUCUUCAUGGCAUCUUCAAAGGUUUUCAUGACAGCCACACACUCCCACAGCUCCCCCUUCACGCUGGUGGAGUCCAUGCUCUGCAAGGUCCUCUUCAGCUCCACAGCUGGGUCUGCUCCCCAUGACAGCCAUUCAGCCUCCCACGAUGCACCUCACCAGCCUGCCCCUCCCUCUCCCGCCAAGAGCAAAGAGGAGCUGAACGAGGGAGCGCGCAAGAGGAAGGCAAAGAAAGCAGAAUAAACAAGCCCUGGAAUAUCACACAUAAAUCUCUAUAGAUACAGGGUGAAUUGUAAUUCAACAUUGUUGUUUUGUGUUGUUUCUAUUUAAAUGUUGACAUUAUUGAACACCCCCCCUGGUGGCCAAACGAUGCAUCACAGUGCCUGUAGGACAUUCUCCUUUGCAUACAUCCUCCACGAGCCCAGCAGUUUCUGCAAUGCUCUGACAAUGUUGUAUUAAUUAGGAAUCAAAGGUAUAUGUCUUGUCCUAAACUUUUGAUAUAAAUCUGUCAUUUAAAGUUAGCUUACUGAGUUGUUUGGUUCUAACGCUGCUAAAUAUAUAAAUGGUGGUCUUGUCAAUAAAAGACUGCAGAAACGUUUUUUAAAAUACCUCACUGUUCUGUAAUGCUUAAAUCUACCCUGCUUUUCCACACCCGCUCCUACCAUGAGUGUUGGAAAUCAAUCUGUGUCCUAAAGCACUAACUAUGUUUAUAAUAUACAGUUAAAUAAGAAUAAUUUAACAUUAUAUAGCUGAAUGUGAGCCCAUUUCUGAUACAAGCCAUUCAGCCAUUGUUUCAUACAAAGACUCUAUCGCUCCACAUACAGUGUGACAAGAUGGAAGCUAAGCAGGCACUUGCACAUCCAGAUGAAGGCGCUCUACGCAAGUCGAGCCUCCCACAGAAAACACAAUCUGAACACUUCAAAAGACCCUUCUCCUGUUUAGUUACUGUUCCGUUACCCUCCAUGAUGUUUGCAGUCAUGCUGGGUGUGUUUUUGCAAUUUGUUUUCCUUUUUGCAGAGUCUGUCUUAAGGUCCUUUUGACUAGGGGUUCAGGAUCUGCUCUUCAGUUCUAGUAGUACUGUAGGCUAGACAAUGUGUAUUUGAGUAAGCGCCAGCACCACCUGGUGCACAGCAGGGUGUUGCAGUAAGACUUGAUUUCAAAGUGGCAGAUCACUACAUGGCACGGCUUGUCCGUCAGUAAAGACACUGGCUGUUCUGGCCUGUGUUACAUACAGCAAGAGCAGGCAACGAGAACUGAAGAGCAGCUUCUCUCUCAACUCAGGUGAAAGAACUGAAAAACACACCAAAAAAUGUAAUAUGAACAUUAAGGGGAUGCUAAAUAAUAAAUGUAAAAUUCAGUUUAGUAACGAUUAAAUACGUGUUUAGUUCAAGAAUGCUUUUAUUUGAAAUGAAUAUGAACAACUACUUUAUGACAUAAGACAGUUGCCCUGUUUCUUCUCAAUGUCAUUUAUUAUUGUAAUUCUCCCAACAAGUAAAAUGCAAUAAACCCUUAUUUUGCAAUGAA